CGGCCACCAGUAUCCUCUGCAGUGUUGUAUGACAACGUUUCCCAAUUCAACUACUCUUAAAGUUGCUAAAAGAGCUUCAAUUGCUACUGCUAAUGCUACAAUAGUGAUGAUGACAACUGAGAGAAGCGUUGCUACCCAGCAGAGGAGGAUAAUGUCAGCGUUCGAAGCUCAUCUUUCUCUUGUUCUUGCUCUUGCUUCCCAGGCCUCUUCUGUUUCUUAGCGCCGUAAAUUCGUGAUGGAUUUGGCAUUUGAAACGGCCAAGUAUGUUUUCCCAAAGAGUUUUGAUAACCGGAACUUGGAGGAAGCUUUGAUGUCGGUUUCAGAUCUCGAAACUGUAAAGUUUAGAGUUUUGAAGUGGACGGACCAAUAUGAAAUCAGACAAGUAGAGCCUUACUUCAUAGCAGUGGCAACAAUGCGUGGGAAGAGUGGAUUUGAUUUCAGUGGUGCAUCUCAAUCUUUCAAUGUGUUAGCGGAGUACCUUUUUGGGAAGAAUGCUGUGAGUGAAAAGAUGGAAAUGACUACUCCUAUUUUAACUCGAAUGGCUCAAUCAGAUGGGGAGAAGAUGGAAAUGACAACACCAGUAAUAACGAUGCAGCUGGGAAAUAAAGAGAAGUGGGAGAUGUCAUUUGUCAUGCCCUCGAAGUAUGGUUCCAACUUGCCAUUGCCAAAAGAUCCUUCUGUGAGAAUUGAAGAGGUCCCAAGGAAAACUGUUGCAGCAGCUGCUUUUUUAGGUUUUGUCACAGAUAAAGAGGUUAAGGUGAAGGAAUCAGAGCUUCGGGAUGCUCUAAGGAAUGAUUCUCAGUUUCAAGUAAAAGAGGAUGCAUCAGUGGAAGUUGCACAAUACAAUCCACCAUUUACACUUCCAUUUAUGCGUCACAAUGAGGUCACACUGGAAGUUGAAAGGAAGCAAUAACAUUACUCCACUGAAAAUGUGAAGUUAUUUCAGAAAAUCAGAGUAUACAGAAUUUAUACACAGGAUAUAAAAGUGAAAGCCUUUUGUCAGUUGCUGCCUAGUUGGGUGUGCAUGUAAAGUCAGAUGUUAAUAGAUUUCAAGUUUAGUUGUUUAAGCAUAAAUGUGUUGAAACAUUUUAUUUACAAAUCCAGAAACCCCCUCCCAAAAAAAAUGUUUGUCU